AUCCCAGGGUGCCGGAGGCAGGACUCCGCACCUGCGUACAAGCGGAGCCGCCCCUGGGGUGGGGGGAGAACCAAGGGGGAGCCGCAGGCCGCCGCCAUCUUGUGAGUGAGGAGGAGCCGAAAUCACCGCGGGGGCGCCGCCAUGAACCCCGAGUACGAUUACCUGUUCAAGCUGCUGCUGAUUGGAGACUCUGGUGUGGGGAAGUCCUGCCUCCUGCUGCGAUUUGCUGAUGACACCUAUACAGAGAGCUACAUCAGCACCAUUGGGGUGGACUUCAAAAUCCGGACCAUCGAGCUGGAUGGCAAAACCAUCAAACUACAGAUUUGGGAUACUGCUGGUCAGGAGCGGUUCCGGACCAUCACCUCCAGCUACUACAGGGGGGCGCAUGGCAUCAUUGUGGUGUAUGAUGUAACAGAUCAGGAGUCCUACAGCAACGUGAAGCAGUGGCUGCAGGAGAUCGAGCGCUAUGCCAGCGAGAACGUCAACAAGUUGCUGGUGGGCAACAAGUGUGACCUCACCACGAAGAAAGUGGUGGACUACACCACCGCCAAGGAAUUUGCAGACUCCUUGGGCAUCCCAUUCUUGGAGACCAGCGCCAAAAAUGCCACCAACGUGGAGCAGUCAUUCAUGACCAUGGCCGCUGAGAUCAAGAAGCGCAUGGGCCCCGGUGCCACCACUGGUGGGGACAGACCCAACCUCAGAAUCGACAGCACUCCAGUCAAACCAGCGGGCGGAGGCUGCUGCUGAGGCCCAGGACUGAGGGAUAGGGUGGGGAGGGGAGGGGACCGUCCAACCCAGUGCUGUCCAGCACCCUCCUCCUGUGGAGUAGCAACUUUCCCGGAUGAUACCGUGCAGGGGGACGGGACCUCUCUGGUGGGGUGGUGGUUUGGGUUUUCUGCCUGUGUUAAUUACUUACCCUUGUUGAGUGUGUGGUGGGGGCAGACCUGCAAGGUGUGCUCUCCCACCCAUGAGAACUUCCCUCUAUGCAGCCUCUUGCCUCGGUCCUUGGUGCCCGAUGGCUGGCAGGAUUCCUGGCUCCUUCUCGUGGGUUCUCUGCUCCCCUCCCCUUCCUGCUGGGUGCAUGGAGCUGCUCCCAUUUCCACCCCCAGCCUCUGCUCUCCUGCUACCUGCAAGCCCCCUUCUCUCCAGUUCCAGGUGGGGAUCUCAGUUAGGGGGUGAGCCUAUCACAUCUCUUCCUGGGAAGGCUCCUUCCGGUUAAGCUUGAGCAGCUCUGCUGCCUGGUACCUGGUUUCCAUGGGGCGGUUGCUUGUCACUAGCAAAAUAAUGGAGGUAGGGGCAUAGGCCCCUCUGAACAGGUCAAGAUACUCACCACUGGGUUGUGCCCCCUGCCUCCACUCAGGGGGUCUGUUGGCCUGGUUCCAUGUAGUUUUUUUCCAUUCCUCUUGCUCCCAGUGGCACAGACACUUCUGUUUAAUCCCCUCUGCUGCAACUUGGGGUCCCCUUUCUUCCCACGGCCUUGUUCUAGUUCAAUAUUUAUACCCCUGCUGCAGACCCUCCCACAGUGCCGCAGAGUGGCUGUGACACAGGGCUGGCCCAGGAACGCUGAGCGGAGCCUGAUGCCAUCACUUCACCUCCGUCCCUUGGCUUCCUCACCUCAUCCGGCUGAGGCUGUCUCCCAGUGCUCCCCAGCCAUAUGGGGCAGGCAGCUGUCCCUGGGCCACCCCAUACCAGGCCCACUGAAUGUAUUCAGGGUAGCAUGGACAGUCAGGGGCCUUAGAACUGAUCAGAGGCCUGUCGGCUGCUUGAGCAGCCCCUUCCCCAGGGCUCUUCCUGGCUCAGGAGCUCCCAGCACCUCAGCCCUCAAGGGGCUAAUGCACUGAGCAGCUGUCCUGUUCCCUCCAGCUGGGAAGCUCUUGCACUUUCUGUGGGGCAAGUGCAUGGGGGCUGGGGGCUCCCCUCUGCAGCAUCAGCCCUUCCCAGCAUGACCAACCCUCAGCCCUGGCAAGAAGGGGAAGCUGGGGGCCUGAGUGCAUAUCCCUUUGCUGUGCCCAGCCCCCCCACCUGCACUGCCUGGCCUUGCCUGGCCAUGGCCCUGUUUAGGGUAGUGGGAGGAGCCGGCUGGAUGGUUCAUUUGUUUGCUUUUUUUUUCCACCAGUGACAUUAUUUAAAAAAAAAAAUUGAACAAAAAAAAUCCCAAAAUAAAGGUGAGUGCCUCUGCGGGGAGGCUCCCGCA